GGAGGGAUUUAUUUUAGGAAUUCGUUGGAUAUGUGGCCAAUUGCAUUCCUAUUACUUUUGCUAUGUUGCAAUGCCGAUGCUAUCCGUGUAGGAAUUGGCCGAUUUAGAAAUAUAGGAAAAAUUCGAAAGAUCCAUACCCGAAGUCCUGGUGGCCGUACUCAAAGUCCUAAUCGUGGUCGUACUCGAGAUUCGCAUCAAGAUUGGCUGGGAGUCUUAGACGCUAUGUUAUCGAAAUAUCAGUCGUAUCAGUGCGGAAAACAAUGCUGGAAUGACAAUGGAAUAAUAGAGGACAAACUCGAAUGUGCAGUACGACGUUGCCUUUAGAGUGGAACGUGAAAGAUUACCAACGAUUGAGCGCACAAAAGUUUGUAGUGUCCUCUUGAAUAAAGUUCAUGUCAUGC